AUGGUAUUUAAGCGACUUCGGGUAGAGUUGAACAUUCUAUAUUACCAUUGGUUCCGGGGUCCAGUGACCACUGCAAUGAAGCGUCUUGCUGUUGAACUUGCGUUCGUGAUCUGUGCACUACAAUUCGUCAGUUUACAAGGCCAGAAUGAUACCACUGGUGGCAACUCUUCUGCAGUCGACUCCAUGACUACUGUUGUUGCUGACGGCGCCGGUAACAGCAGUAGCAGCAUCGAUAGCGACUCCUCCAGCGACGGUAAUGGAACUACUAUUAUAACGGAGGGAGAUGGAUCCACUGAUGCGGAAAGCGGAAGCACUGCUUCGCAUUCACCAGACGCAACCGUCACUGUUGAUCUUCAAACCACAGACGAAUUUCCAUAUAGCGAACUGCUCGACGACGCAGUAGAUGAAGACGAGGAGAACGCACAAACCCGUCCAUUCUCCCUUACUUAUGGUAUUUCACUUGUAAUUAUCUGUCAUUUGCUCUGCUACGUCUAA